CGGAUUUCGCGAAAUGGCGGCUCUUCUUCUGCGACGAACGCCUCGUGCCCUUCGAAGACCCGGAGUCCACGUGCGGAGUGUAUCGGCGCGAAGUGAUGCCUCGAGUGCCCGCUCUGGCGGCCGAACAGCUGAUUGCCGUCAAUCCCGCGCUUUCGCCGCAAUCGGCGGCUGAAGACUACGAGCGCGCGAUUCGGCGCUCUCUCGACUGCGCGGAGGCCGACGAGUGGCCGCGCUUUGACCUCUUGUUGCUGGGAAUGGGUCCCGACGGCCACACGUGCUCUCUCUUUCCGAACCACGCGCUGCUGCAGGAGAAGCGCAAAUGGGUCUCCUUUUUGACGGAUUCGCCGAAACCGCCGCCGUCGCGCGUCACUCUCACUCUCCCGGUGCUCUUGAAGGCCAAGUGCGUCGUCUUCUACUCGACGGGCGCCGGGAAGGCCGACACUCUUCGGCGCAUUUUCGUGGACGCGGAACCGCUUCCCGCAGGUCUCGUGCGCCCCGAAGACGGCGAUCUCUAUUGGGUGGUCGACGGCGAGAGCGGGCGACUCAUUCCCGACUCAAUGCUCACCAAAAUGGCUGACUUACUUCUGUUCCGCUUCUCCGAUGUCUUGUGCACUUCCAACACAUCCACCGCUUCUCCUGUAAUGGCGUUAACGCAGCCCUCAGUCAACUGCAGUCUCGACGACAUCGAUCUCAACGCCCUUAAGGACCCCGCGGGCAUCUUCGAGCUCAUCGAAGUGGUCGGCAAUGGCACGUAUGGCCAGGUGUACAAGGGCCGACACACGAAGACUGGCCAAUUGGCGGCCAUUAAGAUCAUGGACGUGACGGAAGACGAAGAGGAAGAAAUCAAACUCGAGAUCAAUGUCCUCAAAAAGGUAUUC